UCCUGUUCCAAGAAGAGCAAACCAAAAUGCCAAGACACUUCCUCACUAUUUCGUUCAUUCUUUUUUCAUUAGCUCUUCCAAUUUUCAGCCAAAGUCCAUCACAAUCACAAUCACCUUCCAUUGCAUGCAAAUCCUCACUUUACCCAAAACUCUGCCGCACCCUUCUCUCCACAUUUCAACAUUCUCCUUCAAACAACCCAAAUGACUACAGCAAGUUCUCGGUAAAACAAUGCCAGAAAAACGCCAGCAAAUUAUCCAACUUAAUCUCACAUUUCCUCACAACCCAAAAAAAGAGAUCACUCUUCACCAACACUAAAGAGAUUAACGCUUUAAGCGAUUGUCACCAACUCUCAGAACUCACAGUUGAUUACUUAAACUCUAUCUCCACCGAACUAAAAGCAGCUGAUAAUAGUGCCACUACUACUUCGGAUGAUUUAGUGGGGAAAAUUCAGACAUUGCUUAGUGCUGUAGUGACCAAUCAACAGACGUGUUAUGAGGGACUUAAAGAAGCUGGGAGCAGUAUGGUUGCUCAACUGUUGGCACCGUUGAGUAAUGCGGGGGAAAUAUACAGUGUGUCACUUGGAUUGGUGGCACAUGCAUUGGGACGAAAUAGGAAAUCCGGAAAGAAGGGUAGAUUGUUGGGUGAGGAAGAGUGGGCACGAGAUUCAAGAUUCAUGGCUUCCAAGGUUAAUCAAGCAUUGGAGAGGUCUCAUCAAAGGGGUGGAAGGAUUCCUGACGAGUUAGUAGAAAAUGGAGUUCACAUUAGGGAAGCAGUAACAGUUAGCCCUUACGGUGGCUGCAACUUUACAUCGAUAGGAGAAGCCAUUGCAUUUGCACCUAAUAACUCAAUGAUUGAAGAUGGCUAUUUUCUCAUCUACGCGAAGCAAGGAUACUACGAGGAGUAUGUUGUCGUGGCCAAGAACAAAAAAAACAUUAUGUUGCUUGGGGAAGGAAUUGAUCGCACUAUGAUUGCUGGAAAUCGAAGUGUCAUAGACGGCUGGACAACCUACAAUUCAGCAACUUUUGCCGUUUCAGGGGAGCGGUUUGUAGCCGUAAACAUAACAUUCAAGAACGUAGCUGGUCCAUGGAAGCACCAAGCUGUAGCAUUAAGGAACAAUGCAGACCUUUCCACGUUCUACAGAUGUCGUUUUGAGGGUUAUCAGGACACGUUAUACACACACUCUUUAAGACAGUUCUACAGAGAAUGUGAUAUCUAUGGUACAGUGGACUUCAUAUUUGGCAAUGCAGCUGCGAUAUUCCAAAACUGCAAUCUUUUUGCUAGGAAACCUAUGCCAGACCAGAAGAAUAUCUUCACAGCACAAGGUCGAAGCGAUCCCAACCAGAACACUGGCAUUUCUAUCCAGAACUGCACCAUUCAAGCUGCCCCUGAUUUGGCACAGGACUUGAAUCUCACGUUGAGUUUUCUUGGCCGGCCGUGGCACCAUUACUCGAGGACUGUUAUCAUGCAGUCUUAUAUAGGAGAUGUGAUCGCGCCUGUUGGAUGGUUAGAGUGGAAUGGGACGAUUGGACUCGACACCCUUUAUUAUGGGGAGUUUGAGAACUAUGGACCAGGGGCUAAUACAACUAUGAGAGUACAAUGGCCUGGUUAUAGUUUAAUGAAUGCUUCACAAGCAAUGAACUUUACUGUCUAUAAUUUUACUAUGGGAGAUACUUGGUUGCCUUACACAAAUGUUCCUUUUUCUCAAGGCCUGUAGUGGGAAAACCUGUAUAAAUCAGAUAGUUUUAUGUAUUUUUGUCACAUUCUUUUCUUCAAUUUUAUUCUUUAACUUAGUGCUAAGAAGAUGCUAUAAACAGAGUGACAGAGAUCACUGAUGUAUUAGUACUGCUUGUUGAUGUGGUAAAGGAGUUUGUAGACAUCAAAAUUUUAUUG